UUCUAAGAUUUCAGGUGCUUUCUUUAAUGGAAAUGGGUGUUAUGUUUGAUUUACAGAAAAUGGAGAAUCCCUUGUUUUUCGCACAAUAUCAAACGAUGAACCCUUUCGAUGACAUGGGUUUCGAGUCUGAAAGCUACUAUUCAUCCAUUAAUGAUGAAGCUUUUCAUCAUCAGGCCGUCGACGACUUCGAGAAGCCACCAUUAAAGCAAGUCAAGUUCAACAAGUGGAACCAUCCCACCAUGGCUUCUUCUUGUUCAUCAUCUUCCCAUAUAAUCUCCUUCCAACACUCCAAUUCAUCUCCCCCGGUUAUUUCUCGCCAAUACUACGGCCUGGACCGUGAUUUGCAACCUGCAGGAAAUACAAGGACUCCAUUACAUGCACAAGAACAUGUAAUUGCUGAAAGAAAACGCCGUGAAAAGAUCGCCCAGAGCUUCUUAUCUCUUUCUGCACUCAUUACUGGCCUCAAAAAGGUACAAUUUCCAACUCUUUACAUGAAGAUUACUGUUAUAUGCUGAUCUUAUAGGUCUAUAUAUUAUCGCCGAAAGACAAAAGUUCAAUUCUGGGAGACGCUAUCGAAUACUUGAAGCAACUUCAAGAGCGAAUGGAAACGCUGGAGGAACAAGU